AAGAAGGAAUUAUUUAAUGCUUAAAAUUUUAAAUAAUUUUAUUUUUAACAAAAUUGAAGGAAAUAAUUUUGUUUGGAAACGUUUAUAUUUGACUAAACAAAAUGUUUCUGGGGGUAAACGAAAUUUUGAGUUAAAAUUGGAGGAACUUAAAAAUUGUGUUAAUUCAAUUCCUUUGGCAGAAGGCUUUGAUUUAAAUACUUUACAAAAUAAUGAAUUAUUUACUAAACAAUUUAAUUUAAAUAGAAUUUCACGUAAGUAUUUUUAA